AUGUUUGUCUGCAGGUUGGCACCAAGCGUCUUCGUGAGAAGUACCUCGAAGCCGUUCUCCGUCAAGAUAUCACGUACUUCGACAACAUUGGAUCUGGAUAAGUUGCUACCCGUAUUCAGACCGACACUCGUGGCUUUGACCGUCAGUUUCGUCGCCGCCUUCGUCACCGGUUUCAUCCUCGCCUACGCUCAAUCAUGGCGAAUUGCACCUGCGAUGUCCUCGAUCCUCCCCUGCAUGACCAUCGCUGGAGACGUCAUGAACAAGUUCAUCUCGGCUCAAGUCAUUGGCACCGUUCGAACCGCCGCCCAGGCAUUCGGUACUCAGAGGAUUCUUUCCGGCCAGUACGAUAACCACGUCAACAAGGCUCUUACCGUCGAUCUCAAGUCUGCCAGUUGGCAUGGAAGUGGUCUUGCCUUUCUUCGUGAUCUACUCUUCCUAGAUCCUUCGUCAACGUCUUCCCUCGCCAUCUUGAUUGGUUCCAUCUCUCUCACUUUGCUCGCUCCUGAAAUUCAAGCCCUCACUCACGGUUGCGGAGCUGCUGCCAAGCUAUAUGAGACGAUCGACCGUGUUCCAGAUAUCGACUCGUACGAUGAGGGAGGUCUCAAGCCCGAAACUGCCCACCGUCCAAGUCAUCAAGAACCUCUCACAUUCCGCGCGGGCCAGACCGCUACCCUCGUUAGUGCCUCUGGCUCUGGCAAAUCAACUUCCAUCUCCCUCAUUGAACGCUUCUACGACCCCAACGAGGGUGCUGUCAAGCUUGCCGGCAGCGACCUCAAGGAUCUCAACCUUAGAUGUCUCCGUUCGCAAAUUGGAUUGGUGUCGCAAGAGCCCACCCUAUUCGCCACCACCAUCCGAGGCAACGUCGCCCACGGUCUCAUUGGCACCAAGUGGGAAAAAACUUCUGAAGAGGAACAGUUCAAGCUCAUCAAGGAUGCCUGCGUCAAGGCCAACGCAGGCGGCUUCAAGUCGCCCAACGGACACGACACGAUGAUUGGCGAACGCGGUUUCUUGCUGUCUGGUGGUCAGAAGCAACGUCACGUUGCUAUCGUAUCCUUCUGUUGGACGAGGCCACUAGCGCGCUCGAUACUCAAUCCGAGGGUAUUGUUGUUCAGGAUGCAUUGGAUAAAGCUUCAGCUGGCUUAG